GCCGAGUGGGGCAGCGGCUGCGGCACCCCCCUCGCCGCCGAGACCCGUAGAGAUGCUCCGGGGAAGGCUUCGCGCAGCCGCCGCAGGAAGGCCAGCUCGCCUCACCUAUUGCAUGCCCUGGUCAGGACACCAUCAGCAACAUAUAAAUGGCCUCAAAAAGGCACUUGGAGCCUCUGGACCCUGUGGUUUUCAACAAGCUACCUCGGCUGGAGACGGAGCCCACCACCACCUUCUCUGCCAGCCUCUGCAAGUCCAGCCCCGUGCCCAACCCUGGCUCCGAAAGCUAUUUCAACUACAAGGGCUCUUACUUUGCCUGCCCAGUGCAGAGCCCCGAGCAGCCCCCAGCGCGCUGGAGCCCGGCCCCCACCUACCUGCACUAUGGCCCCGGUGCCAGCAGCCAGCCCGUGCCAGCUGAGGGGCCACUGCUGGGCUGCCUGCUCUACCGACCUGAGAGCCUGGGCACCGAGAAGGGCAAGGACAACCUGGUGAGGGAGCUGCUGCUGGCCAGGGAGAAGUGGAGCAGCCCUUCACCAGCCCCGGCUCACCCCUUCCCGAUGAAGACUCCAGUGGCAGUCAACAAGGCGACCCCCCUGGCUGUCCCCAAGCCGGUGUACAGAGCGCCCCCCGCCUGCUUCAUGGACCCCAGGAUGGCUCUGCUGCUGGGACCCCGGGCUGAAAGCCUGCAGCAGAGACCCGGGGAUGCGGACUGGCCCCCGCCUGCUGCCACCCCUGCUAGCCACCCUCUCCACCCCGGCGAGCCCCGCAGUGCCGCUGGGAUGCACAAGAAGGGUCCCCACUCUGAGCCUGCCCUACCACCGCUGCACCCCAGCCUGGCGCUGCCCACCAAGGUGGGCUCCCCUGUCACCUUCUCCACCUACUGCACCGCCUUUGAGAAAUACAGGGGCCCCCCUGGCACCCCCUUCCUGGAAGCCAGCUGCCCCACUGCCCACAGCCAGAAGAAGGUCCCUGAGGUGCCCAGCCUCAGCCCAGACCCCUGGGCCAAACUCCGGCCACCCAGCCCAGUCUACCGAGAGAGGCCACCUAUGUGCUACCCCCUCACCCACUACCCACUGCCCAUCCAGAAAGCUGCCUUCCUCUACCACCCUCUGGCUCCCACCAUGGAGGCACCACCCAGUGCUCUACCCGGUUCCUGCAAUGGCUUUGGCUUUGCAGGAAGGGGGGAGCCCAUUCCUGGCUCUCACCUUAAGCCCCAGACCUCGAGGAGCUGCUACUUCCCCAGCCCCUUGGACACCUAUGCGGCGCAGACCGUGGGCCCGGACUCCAGGGCAUCGCCUCCCACCAAGCCAGUGGCACCACCAAGGGAUGGCGAGCCGCCACAGCCAGCUGGCUACCUGCCAAGCCCCAGCUUUGCCUUCAGCCCUGGUGACAGGGCCAGGUUGGGCACCUCCUUGGCCGGCACAGAGGCAGGCUGCGAGCGGCACUGGGCGGAAAGCCCCCAGCGAGGGGCGGUGAUGAGGGACGAUGGUGCUGUCCAACCCACCCCCACCCCAGAGAAGGUGUCCAGGAGCUCUGCUGGGCUCACAGAGAUGUUUCCCAGCCAUGGGGAGCAGGAGCCUCCUUACCCUGGAAGGAGGAGGACGACCAGCCCGGCUCCCCAGGAGAGCCCCCGUGGAGGACCACCAGCUCCCAUUGUUGUCGGGAAGGGAGAUGCCUGCAAGGCCAAGGAUGCAGACAAGGAGCCUGUCCCACCAUCUCCAUCAGCUUCCUCCCCAGAGAGGCUGAAAAACCCAAGGGACAGGAAGAUUUCUCCUUCCUCCCCACCCAUGCCAGUGAUCAACAAUGUCUUCAGCCUGGCAUCUUACCGAGACUACCUGGAGGGGACUGAGGUCUCAGUCCAGGUCCCCUUCUGCAGGGAACAUCUGUGGGGGGAUACCCCACCCCAAAACACAGGGUGCAGCCAGGAGCCUGCUGUCCUCAGAGACAACUCAGUGACGUCCAACCUGCUGCCCAUGGCCCUGGCAGGUGGCCGGGAGCUGAAGAUGGGCAGCAGCAUGGUCCAGAGCCAAGGGGAAAGCUCUUACAGAGGGGUCCUCAAAAAGCCAAAGUUUGUGCCUCCAGACCCAGGGUCUCAGGAGGGCAGCCCCCAUGGGCUGGGGAGCGGGGAGCCAGCCCCUGAAGACGUGGUGCUGGACCUCAGUUUGAAGAAGAAAAUGGUGAAGGCCAGGGAGACCCAGGGACCCACCAGCCAUGCAAGGAGGACACUGGACAGGGAGGAGGAGGAGGAGGAGAAGGAGGGUCCAGUGGGGAAGGAGAUGGUGGGAGAAGGGACCAAACCCCAGGUUCUGCCCUUGCUGCUGGAGGUGGUCUCUGGGGACAAGAGCAACUUCCAGAGCUCUGCCACCUUCAUGUUCAAAAAAUUCAAGAUCCUGCGCCCCUCCCAGCCCAGCUCCAUGCCCUCCCAGCCCAGCUGCAUGCCCUCCCAGCCCAGCUCCAUGCCCUCCCAGCCGGCUGGCAGCCCCCCCACGCCCCAGCCCAGCCUGCUGCUACUGCCAGCCCCCUCCAGCAGCAUCCCCACCCCACCGCCGUGGACCCCCCCGGCCUCCCCGCUGGCCAGCAGCCCCUCAGCCCCCCAGCCCAGCAGCUUGGUGCUGCGGGGUGCUGGGCUGGACCUGCAGCAGCCCCUGCUGCCCGAAGGCCCCCGCCUGCCGCGGGAGGAGGGCAUCUUGCUGCCCGGGCAGUGCCACGGCCCCAGCUGCCAGACCCCUGCCGGCCAGUAUUUCACCACCGUGCACACCUGGCUCUGCGACAUCAUCUCCUGCUCCGUGUCCAGGUCCUCCCCGGAGCUCCUGCAGGAGUGGCUGAAGAAGGCAGAGCCGGAGGAGGAGCUCGGAGAGGUGCCCAAACCCUCCCCCAAGCCCAAGAAUGGCUCCAGGAUGCCCGAAGCUCAGAAGCCCACCAAAGGCAAGGAGAUCUGGCUGGCUUUCCAGGACGUGGCCACCCUCCUCCCCAACCUGCUCUCUCAGCUGGAGACCUUCAUGUUUGCUCGCAAGUGUCCUUUCCCCCACGUCAUCCGGGCAGGGGCUGUCUUCAUCCCCAUCCACGUGGUGAAGGAGAAGCUCUUCCCCAAGCUGCCUGGGGCCUGUGUUGACCAAGUGCUGCAGGAGCACAAGGUGGAGCUGCGCCCCACCACCCUCUCCGAGGAGAAGCACUUGAGGGACCUGGAGCUGAAGAGCUGCACCUCGCGCAUGCUGAAGCUCCUGGCGGUCAAGCAGCUCCCUGACAUCUACCCAGACCUGCUGAACCUCCACUGGCACAACUCCAUCAAGCAGCAGCUCAGUAGCCCUGGCCUGGAGGCACUGAAAGCUGAUGGCAAAGCAAUUGCCAUGGAGAGCAUGAAGAGGGAUCCACUGCAUCCCAUGGGCAUUGAAGGAGUGAUCCCAGCAGCCAGGAACGGACAGACGGACUCCCCCUUGGCUGGCGUGCAGCAGCAGCAGGACGCAGCAGAGGCCUUACAAACUCAGCACUCAGGGUUCAGGCUGCUGGGCAUUGCUUACUCCAAAGCACUGAGCAACCCAGCUUCAGAGAGCUACAGGAAGCUGGAGGAAGAUGUGAGGCUGAUGCUAAACCAAAUGCUGUCCAUUUAUGAGACCUUCCUGCAGGCACAUAUCCUCAAGUUCAGGAAUGGCUCAGUGGUGGUGCAAGGGGAGGCUGUGUUCCGGGGGGACGCUCCUGCUCCCACCAGCUCCCACCUCAUCCGCACCAUCCUCGCGGAGGAGAGCAAGGGAGGAAGCAGCUUCCGCUGGCGCCUGGAGCCGCAGUCUGUGCAGUCCAACGGCUUCAGCCUGGAGAACCUGGACCCAGAGAAGCUGUCCAUCUCUCUCACUGUCUUCCAGCUUGGGAGGAAUAAGACAGUCACCCUGGAGAAGCUGGUUGGUGAGGUGGUAUGGUCUCUCAGUGCCUACUAUGAAGUGAGGAAUUUCACUGUUCUCCAGCUCAGAAACAUCAAUGGGGAGCUGAAGAUCACUGGAGACCUCUACCUUGACACUAUUGUCCAUGCUGAUCUUGCAGAGGUUCUGCAAGCCUUGACAGCUCUUGCAGCCUGCUCUGUGGACCUGACCUCCCUCUCAGUGGAAGGAGCCAAGCUUGACCUGCAGGUUUACCCAGUCUCCUUCCUCAUCACCAACAGACACUUCAAUGAGAACCUUCUGGAUCCACUUGAUCCAGAGCACCAGGAGCUCACCAGAAGCCUUGGUGAUGUGGUAGGCAUGGCUGAGGACACCCUGGAGCCCCCCCAGCCCCAACCAGGCUUUCCAGAGUAUGGUGUGGCCAUCAUAGUUGUGUGUGGCCUCUGCAUCAUUGCUGCUCCCAUUGCUAUCUUGCUGGUAAGAUACCUGAGGAUGUCCAUGCACAUGGUCAAGAGGACUCUGUCCUGUGAGAAGAUAGAGCUGCUGGACCGGCGGCUAGGCGCCGCACGAACCUCCGCGACCCUCCCAGGUACAGGCACUCUCGCCCUGCCACCCCCCGGCUCGGUCCGCGUCUGCCCGCACCGCCUCCUGCAGGUGCCGCUGCAGCGCCGGAGGCAGAGCGGAGCCUGGGCCUUCAUGCGUGCUCCGUGCGGAUUCUGGCUCCGCCAAUCACAGCCCGGCUCGCCCGUCCUGGCCCAAUCCAGCCACCCUCACCAGCUCCGUCCCACCCAAUCAGGGCCAGAAUCCUCGGUCCGCCGCUUCCCCGCCCGGCUUCUGCCGCUCGUCGCACUCGGGCCGCGUUCCCGCCGCCGCGGCUCCGCCGGCAGCUCUCCGAAGGCGGUGACACAAGGGGGGAUGGAGCUUCCCCGCGCCUUCGGCCGAGCCGCGCUCUCAGAGCGCCGGCGGCGGAAUCGGGGCCUGCGGAGAAGAGAAGCUUGGCGGGGCGGAGCGGGCCCGGACAGGGACGAGCCUGCUAAGCCGGACGGGGCUAAACGGAGAUAG